UUAUUAUACAUUGCUGUAUACGCACUGUGUGGUUGGAAUAGUUUUCGUUAGUCCUUUAGAAAAAAGAAAGAAAUUUAGGGUUAACAGGUAGCAGAUAAUACAGAAACUUAAAAAGGGACAAAUGAAAGAAGCUGAAAAAAUGUCGGUUCCACACAAAGUUAGAACACUGCGGUCCAAACAGGAUGAUGAAGAUGGGACAGAAGCUGGAGAUGGAGGAGACGAGGGGAUGCAGGGAAGGACUUUAAUCAAACCUCCAGAUCAGCUAGACCUGACUGAGGCAGAGCUAAAUGAGGAGAUCACUAGGAUAUUGACGGCAAACAAUCCUCAUGCUCCAGAUAAUAUUGUUGUAUACAACUUCAAAGAGCGCUGCUAUAAACCAGUUAGCAGUGUAGACCAGUUGGCCAUUCAUUUUGUGCUUGAAGGAAACCUUUUGCACAGAGACUCUGAUGAGGCUCGGAGACAGAUGGCCAAGCAAGGACUUCCAGAAGUUCCAGAGGAACCAGACGAAGUCGCAGUAGUAGAAAGUGAGGACAAAUCAGAGACACCGACAGGUGGUGCUGAGGAUGCAGGUGAUGCUGAGGAGGGAGCUGGUGAGGAAAGGCCUGACAGUGUAGAUGUCCGAGCGCAGGAAAAGGAGCGGAAACUCACCAAUCAGUUCAACUUCAGCGAAAGAGCCACUCAGACUUUUAACAACCCUCUGAGAGAUAAAGCCUGUGAGACGGAACCUCCUCCUCGUGCCAGCUUUUCUUCAACUGCUAAUCAGUGGGAGAUCUAUGAUGCCUAUGUGGAGGAGCUUCAAAAGCAGGAGAGGAAUAAGGAGAAACAGAAAGCUCCUCUAUCUAAGAAGGAGGAGGAGAAAGGAAAUAAGAAAACUGCUUCGGCGGAGAAUCAGGGUGAUGACAUCUCCAAACUGACAAAAGCGGCCAAGAUUAUUGAGCGCAUGGUGGUUCAGAACGCUUAUGGUGACAUCGCUCUGGAUUUUAAGUACUUUGAGGACCCUUCGGAUGAGUUUAGAGAGCAAGAGGGCACACUUCUUCCACUGUGGAAGUUCCAUAAUGAAAAAGCUAAACGGCUGUCAGUAACCGCACUCUGCUGGAAUCCAAAAUACACAGACCUGUUUGCUGUGGGUCUUGGGUCAUAUGAGUUCACCAAGCAGGGACGUGGCAUGCUGCUCUUUUACUCUCUGAAGAACUUCACCUCUCCAGAGUUCACCUUCCCCACUAAAUCAGAUGUAAUGUGUCUGGACAUUCACAAGCAGUUCACUUACCUGGUGGUUGUGGGUUUUUACGACGGCUGCGUGGCCGUCUUUAACCUUAAAAACAAAGUACAGCAGCCUGUCUACAAAAGCACGGCCAAGUCAGGCAAGCACACGGGCCCGGUCUGGCAGGUAAAGUGGCAAAAUGACGACAUAGACAACAAUCAUAAUUUCUUCUCUAUCUCCUCUGAUGGCCGUGUGGUAUCUUGGACUCUAGUGAAGAAUGAGUUGCUGUUUACUGAUAUAAUUACACUCUCAGUAGAAGUGGCUGUUUUUGAUGGACAGGAGGACAAGAAGCUUCCUACCAUGGUUCCAGCCUGUGGAACGUCAUUUGAUUUCCAUAAACAGAUUGACUACCUUUUUCUCGUUGGCACAGAAGAGGGCAGGAUCCACAAGUGCUCCAAAUUUUACUCCAGUCAGUUCCUGGAAACGUACAAUGCACACAGCUGGGCUGUGGAUGCAGUAAAGUGGAAUCACUUUCAUCCUAAAGUUUUCAUCUCAUGCAGCUCAGACUGGACCGUCAAGAUAUGGGACCACACAAUCAAGAACCCGAUGUUUACCUUUGACCUAAAAGCAGCUGUGGGUGAUGUGGCGUGGUCACCGUACUCCUCCACUGUAUUUGCUGCUGUCACCAUGGAUGGAAAGGUCCAUGUAUUCGACUUGAGUGUCAACAAGUUCGAGGCUGUCUGCCAGCAGACUGUGGUGGGCAAAAUGACCAAGCUAACUCACAUCGAGUUCAAUCCUGUCUACCCCAUCAUCAUUGUGGGCGAUGACCGGGGUCACGUCAUCAGCCUGAAACUCUCUCCUAACCUGCGCAAGAAGCCUAAGGACAAAAAGGGUCAAGGGUUGCCAGUGGACCCAGAGGCAGAGAUAGCAAAAAUGGAGAAGCUGUUGAGUCUGCUGAGGGAACCUGAGAAUAAUGUAGAAAAGUAACAACUACUAAAGAUUUUAAGUAAGAUAAAACAGGGCCACUGUCAGCAGGAAAGAAAA